AUGGCCAGAAAACCCCCAUGGUCACUGCAGAAGACUAAAAGCGUCCUGAUACUUCCUCCACACCUCUACCCUAGGCAGAAGAUCUUUAAGGAGAGGGCCUUGCCGGACAUUGAGAACUACAUGUUUGAGAAUCAUGAUCAGCUGCGGCAGGCGGCCACCGAGUGCAUGUGCAACAUGGUGCUCCACAAGGAGGUACAGGAAAGGUUCUUGGCUGAUGGGAACGACCGGCUGAAGCUGGUGGUGCUGCUCUGCGGGGAGGAUGAUGAUAAGGUGCAGAAUGCGGCUGCAGGGGCUCUGGCCAUGCUGACAGCAGCACACAAGAAACUGUGCUUCAAGAUGACUCAAGUGACAACCCAGUGGUUGGAGAUCCUCCAGCGGCUUUGCCUGCAUGACCAGCUGUCUGUCCAACACCGGGGCCUCGUCAUCGCCUACAAUCUACUGGCAGCCGAUGCUGAGCUGGCCAAAAAGCUGGUGGAGAGUGAGCUGCUGGAGAUCCUGACUGUGGUGGGCAAACAGGAGCCAGAUGAGAAGAAGGCAGAAGUGGUUCAGACAGCCCGAGAAUGUCUCAUCAAGUGCAUGGAUUAUGGCUUCAUUAAACCAGUGUCUUAGACAGGGACCCUCAGGGAUGCUGGGAGUGGCCCUGUACUGUGCAGAGUCCUGGGUUGGGUUCUCCUGGAGUGUCAGGUCAUCUAGGGAUCAUAGCAGUGACAAUGAAGUCUCAAUAUAAAUGGAAGACUUGACUGUUCCCUGAGUUGUGAAUCUUCUCCUUUGUCCUGACAGAGUUUGGAUGUUUCAUUCUCUCUCUUGCUUCCUAUCUCCUUACAUCUGUCAAGUUUCAGAAAUUCCAAGAAUAAUUUUCACCCAUGAUUAGAACAUAGGUUGGAUCAUUCUUUCUGUACCCAUUUUGAAGGCCAGGAUAACAGGUUGAAGUUAUUUAUAUUUUGGAAAAUGGAUUUUGUGGUAAGGUAGGAACUAACGGGUGUGUGCAUAUAAAGGUUAAUGCUGUUGUAUUUGGAUGCUGAUCUGUGCUGUUUUCAUGACCUCUCUCCCACACUAUUUGAAUCAGUCUGUUCAGAACGGUGUGUUUCACCUUCAGUGCUCUGUCCCAGCCCUGUGCCCAUUCCCAUCACUUCACUGUGAUGGAAAUAGAGUUUAUGUUCAACAGUGAGACAUGACCUCUGCAAUUUGCUUGGGAAAGUCUUCCAAGCAAGAUGGACAUGAUGAAUACAAAUAAGAUAAUCUUCAAACAAAAAAUAAAUAAUUCAUUGGCUCAUGUAUCUUGGCCAUCCAGGGAAGGUCUGACAUUGUUAGAUUCAGAGUUUCAAAUGCCAUCACCAUGGAUGUGUCUCUUUCUCUCUCUCAUUUUCCCUCCCCAUAUCUUGUCUUUUAUUUAUUAUAGGUUGAUUUCAUUCCCUAGUGGGCUCUCUCCCUGUGAUAGGAAAGGCAGUCCCCAGCAGCCCCAGGCUUACAUAGCUGUUAUAGUUCAUUAUGGAAGAGAAGAGAGAAGAGCAUUUUCAAUAACUCAGCAAAGUUCCCAGGAAUGACUCUGAUAUGUCUGUGUCUCAGGUCACAUUUCCAUCUAUGAACCAAUCAUAUUCAGAGGUGGAAUGCUAAUUGGCCAGGCCUGGGUCAUAUAUACAAAUCUAGGUUAAGAAGGAGCUUCAUCCCUGUCCAAUUGACAUGGACUGAUUAGGGGUAUUAAUGGAAGAGGUGUGCCACCACAAAAGAAUGUACCCUGGGCAUAUCAAAGAACAUGUUCUUUAUGUCAGGCUUGGCCACAAAAGAAUGACACAAGUAAUAUGCCGUAGAUCAGAACCUCUCUGUUAAUACUGCCUUUUUAGCAUGGUUGAGAUAGCUAAGAACUAGUACUGUCACUCAGGUAUGUCCCAAUUCUACCUACAUUUAUUGAAGGGUCGACAGUUCUGAUCUCAGCAUUGGGUAAAGGGUGGGACAUUUAGUUUUAUGGUCCUUGACGAAAACAAUUUACAACGUUCUGUUGUGUAGUAAGUGUAAGUGUACAUAUGCCUGGAAAAGAGACAGACUAUCAGAAAGUUGCACUGUUGCGGUAUGGGCCAAAUCCAACAUAAUACCCGCUGUACCUCUAGAGAACUAAAACUUUAGUUUCUCAGAUCUUUUCUGCACUAAUGAUCUUUACAUACAGCCUACAUUUUACUAACUCUUACAUGGGCUUGUUUCACAGCAGGAAACUAUACUCAUCAUAUCCUUAUUAUGAUAGAGAAUGACAACAUUCAAAAAGGUGUGGCCCUUCUGAAAAUAUAUACAACAUUCAUCAUCAAUAAAUAGCAUGAUUUGACCCCUGUCAAAUUCUUUCCUUCUUUCCUCAUAUGUGGGCUUGAGUGGGUGUAUUUAGCUCCUUUAAACAAAACUCUUUCAGAGGUAGGGCCACACUCUUACUCAUUUUGACUCUCAUGAGAUUACAUCUGCCAGUGGCGUUCAGGGCCAGUUAGAUAAAGCUCAUCUUGUUUGGAUUGCAGGGAAUUUUUUUUUUUUUUUUUUGACAGGGUCUUGCUCUGUAACCUAGGCUCAAGGGCAGUGGUGCAGUCAUGGCUCACUGCAACCUUGGUCUCCAUGGCUCAAGUGAUCUUUCUACCUCAGUCUUCUGAAUAACUGGGACUACAGGCACACACCACCACCCCCAGCUAAUUAAAAACAUUUUUUUUUUAGAGACGGGGUCUCACUAUGUUGCCCAGUCUGGGCGACCACGUUCUUUAAGAUGAGUAUUUUAUAAAUAGUCCAAGAAGAUCCAGAGGAAAGCUGAAUUCCUUCAUCUGAUUUUUGCCACUGGUCUACUAUCUGGCUAAGUCUUCACGGGAGGCCUUUAAGAAAAGCUGUGAAAAAUACCUUUGUUUCCCACUGCCUAGAUUACAUAACUGAUUGGCUUUUCCAGCCUAGACUCUUAGUCACCAUUGCUUGUAAGAGGACCCUUCUUUGCCGAUUCCUAUUUAUUUUCAUCUAUGCUUUCAAAUAGACUGAUGCUAACCUGAGAUCAUCUCUUUAUUGAGGUAGCUUGCUCAAAACCAGCAAGGAACAGCCAAUACCUGCCAACUUUCCAGGUUUUUCCAACCAAUUCUCUUACAGAAAACCUAUGAAUACCUUAGAGGUAUGUUUCUUAGUUUCCCAACAUAUAAUGGAAAAAUUCAUCAUUUUUAUCAUUACUUUUAACUGAAGUAUGUUGCUAUCAGAUAACUUGGUCUGUAUCAUAUUAAUCCUUUGCAAUUUGAGAAGCAUACAAUUUUAAAGUUUAUAUCUCCAAAAUGAUACUUUAUAAAAAUUUAACCCCUUUGACUCUUAGUCUUCUCAUUUGUGAAAGGUAAAUAAUAAAGAAUUUCUGUUCCUAGUAA